UUUAUAACAGAAUCCGUCACUUUCAGGUAAAAAUAUUUUUAUACUUGCACUUUUUGCCUGUUCCGUCGUCUAUCAGAGCAUUACACGCCAGAUUUUGAUAAAAGAUAUAAAAAUUCGCGAUUUGAGGUAUCCGGGAUACAACUAGUUUUGUAAUAAAUCGAGCUCAACGUUUUCUACUGACGGUUUAGUCGGCAGUAUUGUGCGCUCAGAGAGGUGGGCCCACUUGUAGAUCGUGACUGAAUUCGUGCGAUUUGGUAAUCAUAGAACUAGUGCACUUUGAGUGUUUUAUUAUUCUUCAACCGAAAGAAUUGUACAACAAUGUUUCUUGUCGCUUUGACCGGAGGAAUUGCUACGGGUAAGAGUACGGUGUCGAAGGUAUUCCGACAAAAUGGUGUUCCAGUUAUCGAUGCCGAUGCAAUUGCCCGACUCGUGGUCGAACCGGGAAAGCCAGCAUGGCACAAGAUCAAGGCGGCCUUCGGAGAUGGGGUCUUCCAUUCGGAUAGUGGAGAACUGAACCGUGAUGCGCUAGGGAAAUUGAUCUUCGAUAGUGUGGAGAAGCGGCGGAUAUUGAAUGAAAUCACCCAUCCGGCCAUUCAUAGGAUCAUCUACAAGGAAGUUGUCAAAUUCUUCUUUCUGGGGCAUAAUUUCGUCGUACUGGACCUGCCACUGCUGUUCGAGACGGGCGUUAUGAUUAAUCUAAUGCAUAAAAUUAUCACGGUUACAUGCGAAGAAGACAUCCAACUGACAAGGCUGAUGGAUCGGAACCAUUUGUCAGAAGCAGAUGCCAAGAAGCGCAUCAAACAGCAAAUGCCAUUAGAACAGAAAUGUAAUCAAUCGCAUUUUGUAGUAGAAAACUCAGGAACACUUCAGGACACUGAAGAUCAGGCCAUGAAGAUACUGAACGUGCUUCAAGACAGCAACCAGCACUGGAAGAUUCGUGGUGUCAUAUUUGCUACGGCUACGAUCCUGCUUUCCAGUAUAGCGUGGGUGUUGAAUUACAAAUACAAAUUUCUGUCUAGUAACUAACGUUGGAACUGCCAAGGGCAUGGGAUCAAGUUUAUGUUCGGUUGAAAUGUGGUGUUGUCGGAGAUGUUAGGUCUAGCAAAGCGAUUACAAUUCCUUACGUUUAAAGCUAUUAUAAAUAUUUUCAAACCAUCUGAUGGAAUCAGUGAGCAGUGUUCUAGUGUCAUGUGCAUUUUAUUCACUUCAGUGAGUACAAUGAAAUUCUUCAUGAAUAAAAAAUCUAUUUGCGGCAUUAUUAAAAAUU